AUGCAGUUCGCUCUCACCGCCAUUCUCAGCCUCGCUGCUACUGUGGCUGCGUUGCCACCUGUUGGCCCCUCUGCAGGUGGUGUUGGUAACGCCAAUGGCGUCGGUAACAAGGGAAAUACCCAGAUUCGAUUCCCUGUUCCCGAGAACAUGACUGUCAAGCAGGCCCAGGCUAAAUGUGGCGACCAAGCACAGCUCUCCUGCUGUAAUCAUGCGACCUACGCUGGAGACACUACUGAUGUCAACGACGGCAUUCUUGCCGGUACUCUUAGCCAUCUUGUCGGUACUGGUUCGGGAGCUAGCGGUCUUGGUCUCUUCGACCAGUGCUCACAGCUUGAUGCACAAGUUCCACUCAUCUUCGCUCUUGGCGUGCAAGACUUGAUUAAGAAGCACUGCCAGCAGAACAUUGCCUGCUGCCAGAAUUCGCCCUCCAGUGCGAGCGGAGAUUUGAUUGGUCUGGGACUGCCGUGUGUGGCUGUCGGAGCUCUAAUCUAG